AAAAAAUGUGUUUGUUCCAGUUGCAUGUAUUCCUGGUAAGGACCAACCCGGGAAUACAUCAUCUUUUCUUCUCCUAAACCUUCUUGUCUCUAUGUUGAAUUUGCAUUUUUUUAUGCGUACAUCAAGAAGUUUGGUGAAGAUGCCGGAAGUAGAAUUUGGAGGGUACACAGUGAGAUCCCAUGGGGCUACGUUGGCCAAAAAACAUAAAUGUGACUGGUUGAUUUUACUUGUGCUUGCGGCAAUGGAUGGCUUUUUAAACUACAUUCAACCUUUCAAUCGAUAUACUAACUCAAAAAUGUUAGAAGAUCUCAAAUUUCCUUUCAAAGAGCAUGACACAAUACCCAUGUGGGUCGUUCCUAUAUUUGCCGUAAUUCUCCCAUGCACAGUAUUUCUCAUUUACUAUUACUAUAGGAGGGAUGUUUAUGAUUUGCAUCAUGCGAUAUUAGGCAUCUUGUACUCUGUUCUAGUGACUGCAGUAAUCACCGAUAGCAUCAAAGAUGCUGUUGGUCGUCCACGCCCAAAUUUCUUCUACAGGUGCUUUCCCGAUGGAAUUGAGGCCUUUGAAGAUAAUGGGAAUGUGAAGUGUCAUGGAGAUCCUAAAAUGGUCAAAGAAGGAUAUAAAAGCUUUCCCAGUGGACAUACCUCAUGGUCAUUUGCUGGCCUUGCUUUUCUCUCAUGGUAUUUGUGUGGAAAAGUGAAGGCUUUUGACAGAAGAGGCCAUGCUGCAAAACUUUGUAUUGUCCUACUUCCUUUACUAUUUGCUGCAUUAGUCGGGAUUUCUCGAAUUGAUGACUAUUGGCAUCACUGGACAGAUGUAUUCACUGGAUCCAUUAUAGGAACUACGGUUGCCUCUUUAUGCUACCUGCUUUUCUUCCCAUUCCCUCAUGAUAUCAAUGGAUGGGCACCUCAUGCGUCUAUCAAAAUAAGAGAACGAAAUGAAUUCCAGUCUUCAUCAAUAUCAGUGGAUACCGUGUAAUGAAACAAGAGUUCAAGUGGGAACCUUCACUAUCUAAGCUGGAACGGUAACGCCAAAUCUGGAAGUUUUGGAAAUGGAAGGAGAUAUUGAAUUCAGAUCCUCAUAGCCUCGUCGAGAGAGAAAAACAUAUACUCAAAAUUUUUGUCCUCUUCUUUUUAUUUAGUUCAACUUAUGUUGGUUGCGUGCAGUUAUACCUGCAUAUCAAAAUUGUACAACAUCAGUGGACAUGAUUCCUUACCUCUUUUUCUAAGGAGAGAGAAUAGAAUCAAGCUCUUACAAAAUAGUCUUUUGGUA